AUGAUUGUGGAAGAUGAGAGCCGCUUGCCUCAGUGGCAUCCGAAGGGAGGAGGAGGGGGAGUGAAAGUGGGGCUUGUGCUGCUGCUACCUCCUCCUCCCCUUGUUUCAGAGUUGGGCUUCAAAGUUAAACAGGUGUUUUGCGGCAAAACCUCCAAGCGCCGAUCCCAAAAUAUGUCAGGUGAGAGGAGCUCGGGCCCGUCCAGAGGUUCUGUCUGGCUCCCACCUGAGCGGAACGAGGCAACACCGUUAACGGGAGGCACACCAAGAUUUGGCGCUCUGAGCCACCACUCCUUCUUCUCCAGACACAACCCUCAUCCGCAUCGGGUGAGGCACAUUCAAGGGCUCAAUGGACGGCCUGUUUGCAUGGUGAAAGACGACUGGUUAGUCACAUCCUCGUUAUUUCCACAUCCGCUACUCAAGAGUUAUGUCCAGAGGCAAGCCGGUGUCCCGUCAUUGGCUAACAUGCCACAUCAAACUCACUACGGGUUCAACAGUAGCAAAUCAGGUAAAAACAAUAAUAAUAAAUCUUUAAAAACGAUGUUUUCAGAGGCUUGGAGGGAUGAGUUAAAGGAGCUGGCAGCCAAAGUCAGUUUGGCUUCCCAAAAAGACAAAAAACAGGCCCAACCUACGGACGAACCCACCCGACGGGAGACCCAAUACUCUGCCCAAACCGGGAGACUCAUCCCUCCGAGCGCCAAGUCUCAAACCCGUCGACCUUAUUCCCAACGCCUCGACCAACAGAAACCAUUGCAUGACCAAGAACUUAUGGUGCUGGAGCUGCUUUGUCAAAUCCUUCAGACAGAUUCGUUGUGGGCGGUCCAGCGAUGGCUAUUAUUGGCUGGCCACAGAGAGAAGGAGCUGGUGAUGAGGAUGAUCAAACAAGUGGACUUUGCAGGCCGCAGGCCAUCAAAUCUGGAGUGCCUUCAGGCGUACGACCCUUUGUCCUCUCGCCCACACUGGAGAACCCAGCAGAGAGCAGAGUAG